AUGAGUGGGCUAGCGAGACCAUCGCCCUCAUCCUCGACGGAGACGCUGCCAUCUCGAAAGGUACUGCAGUUGCUUUCUCGUUCCAGUCGUUAUGUUCGCAUAUACCUGGGAGAAAUAGACGUCGACUGGCGACACUAUCAGGUUCCAAAAUGGGUAGUUACUCUACCCAAUGGCAGGAAGCAGCCAGUCAACUGGUCUAGUUCGAGUUAUCAGAAAACGGAGAUAGAUUGGACUGGUCGUCUCAUUGGAUCAGAAGGGCACCUUAAUGGACCGUAUGACCAGUAUCAACAACCUGAGAGUAGCCCGUUGUAUCCGGCGCGGUUUGAAAAGAUGCACCCGAGCUUCAAAGUAUUCGAUCCUAUGCCUCCGGAUAGGCCGAGGGAUUUCAAAUCGGCCAAGGAAUGGAAGCAAAGGUUCUGUAAUCCUCAUACUUUCCUCGGUCAAACCCAGCAGGCGGCAGUCCAGUACUUCUUGGCCGAUAAUCUAGAAACAAACCCUCCGAAAUUAAUUAAUCCGACAGCCGGGUGUCGGUUCAUGGAAGUCAUGGUGGACCACUAUCCAAUAUUUUGCAGCUUGAUCGAAGCGUGCGAACUGGACUCAUUGCUCCUAUUAAUGAGCAUAUGCAAAUAUAUCAGGCGGCGGAUUUUAGACUCGCCAAUGUUUUGGAAAGAGAUCAAUAUCACAGCCUACACUGCGGACCGCUCCGACCGAGUCCACCGAGACUACCGGUUUGAUACCGUAUCGGAGGUAGUUCCUGGACGGGCGGGGAAAUGGACGGGAUCGCCAUUACACAUCUUAUCCGGACUCAAAACACAUGAACCAACGGCUCACUGGAUUCACCGCUCCUGUUCCAUCAGCUACGAGGAGAGAGUACUGUCCAGCUUGCCUCUUGCUAGCCUUACGAAGCUCACUUUAGAUGGAAGCGACAUCCAUUGGAACUGUUGGUAUCAGAUACUCGGCGUGGUACUUCAGCAGCUCACAUUUCUCAGUGUAAGAUGGUGCCGAAGCCUAUCCCUUGGAAGCAUAAGCUUUGAUGUACUGGGGCACUAUCUAGAAGAAGCUCAACAACGACGGCCUGUCACCUCGCCACUAAAUAUCAUGAAACCUUGCAAACUCAAGACUCUCUUAGUUUGGGGAGUCCGUGGAGAAGGUCAUCAUAAUUCCCGACGUUACAAUGAGUCACGAGACCGAGAUAUUCAAAUCCUUUACGAUAGCGCAGGGAGCUCACGUUUUCGAACAAAUGGAAAUGGUGUAAAAAGUCUCUAUAUCCAGUAUUGUAAAGUACUGGGGAUCAAAACAGAUUAUGGGGCUUGCUCUGCCACGGGUGGAUAUUGCUGGAACGAAGAGUACAUCAAAGAAGGCAACUUCGACUAUGGAAUGGUUGAUAUGGAUAACACUACCGUUCUUGGAGGUAAUGGCCUUACCGACUCGAAUGUUGAACCAAAAUUCGCAGCACCUGGCUACCUCGCCGCGAGAACGUGCAAUAAGUGCGAUAUUACUCUAGAAUCACACAUAUGUCGCGAAUGCGAGGAAGCAAGAACGUGCUAUAUUUGCCUCCGUUAUGUUUGUAUCGACUGUGAUCGGAAGAUGACAUUCGCUACCCGACCGCUCGAUUGGAGACCUAUCAGGACAAAAACCGCCCUUCCGGAGUAUAUGCCGCAUAAGUACUGCGUCUCCAACUGUUGUAACUAUUGCACAAAUGCUGGUAGGUAUGUUUGUGUAGAGUGCAACUUUCAGUCCCAAGAAGAAGCGAGGAAGCUGCUGUUAAGCAACUGUACAGGCUGCACCUGUAAUCAUAUGCCCGAGGACUUCUGUCCAAUCCGAAUUCCCAUCGAUACCCAAUCGGAAAGACAUGGCAAAAAGCACCUUACGGUGUGCGGGAUGGAUGAGUGUGACUCCCUCAUUGUGGCUUGCAAGAACUGCGAUAAUGGACGCGAUGUAAUGGAUUACGGACAGCGGUGUAGCGCCUGCGCGAUCCCAAUUUGUUGGACGUGCGCAAGAACCCCUUGUCCAUAUUGUCCCACUAGUUACGAGCGCCUUUGCCCCAAAUGCGUCGUCCAACAUACUUGCACUUGUUAUCACUCCGUUCGUCGAACCUCAAAACGAAAGCGGGGGAAAUCCAAGGGUGAAUCUGACGAAGCUAAACCUAGCAAUAGGAAGACGCAUCAGCCUGGUUGCCCGUUACGCGAUGUCCAGACUCAGGCAGAGCUUCCAUUAACAACGACCCUUAGAUACCACGAUAGAUACAUCCUUCCCGGAGGGGAAGUCAGAACGGAGAGAGGUCUCACUGACAUGAUGAACAAUGUGGUUAGGUGGUAUCCUAAGGUGAAGUUAGAACCUGCAUGUGAUGACUGUGGUAUCGCAUGGUGGAUACAGCCUAGACACGACGACGUUCCUGUCAAAAGACGUCGAAGACUGUUACGAUAA